AUGACGAGCACUUCCGACAACUCAUCCUGGAAUGGCUCAGCCUCUACUGGCCAUUGCGCAACCAGAGGCCAGAGAGCCGGAACUAACAAUAAUGACCCACUACCGCAAUUCACACUUUGGGAUGCUGCCAAUGUGUUUGAGUUCGCGACAUCCAGAUUCGCUGCCAUUCGCUGUGCUCUUGGCAAGAGCUACAUGAAGCGCACACCGAAAGUCAAUCAGAUGCUCGGAAGGCACAUCAUUUGGGAAGCACAGAUUGUGGGUCUCGUGGGCAGGCAGCAGGUUGGGUUAUAUCACGAUGAGGAUAUCGCCGAUGCAUUCCUAGCUUGCCCUGCCGAGAAUUUGUCGGCUGACAUAGGGCAGCCGGAAGGUGCAUUGCUGGCGGCUUUACCUACCACCAUGAACCCUCAAGGAGGUCCGCUCAGCAGGCAGCUUCUUGCAGUUAGGGCAGCUGCAGCACGUGCCACAGAUGAAGUUCGCCAAUUGAUUGAGGACAAGCAGAUCGAGGCCGAACUCGGUGCCAAGUCUCUCGGCUGCCAAGAGGACCUCAAUAUCGGCCAUGCUAUGGAAGCUUCUCGCUGUUUGGAAGCUUUCAAUGUCGGCAAUCACCCUGUGACUUAUAACAUUAUGCAAUAUGUAUCUAAUGACGCUCCUCCAGUGUAG